AUGGCCCAAGUUCUGGACGCGCCUACAGACAACCGACAGCACCUGCUGGAGGAGCGAACCCUUUUGCGUCGCCUCCUCCGGCAACUCCAGCUCAAGCUCAUGCUUCGCCUACUGAAAGCCAAGUGGGUGGAGUACAAGCUGGAAAUGGCCUUGGUGAAGGCAACUUCAAGCCAUCUUCUUGGAGAUGCUAAGGCAGCAAAGUCAGGAGCUACCUCGUCUUCGAGCUCUGUUCGGAGCCCAUUGGUGCAGAAUAGGGCGGAGAAGUACCUUCCAUCUCUGCCGAUGCUAGAGCAUCAAGGCAUGAACAAGGGCAGGAUGCGAGAAGUCGAGACAUGGCAUGCCUACCUGGAGACACUGUCAUCGUGGCUUGCUCUUCAAGAUGAGUCUUUCGUUCGAGAGUUGCAACUCUGCGUCAAGCAAAAGAAUGAGAUCCUUCAGAAGGAUUUGGCGGAUGAUGUUGCUGCUCGAAGUGCGAAGCUUUACUACUAUCUCACCCAAUCUCUCUCACGUUGGGAAAGAGGCUGGAGGACCAUCACGCAGCAAUACAGCAUCGUGUCUCGCAUGGAAGCUGACUACGUGCGGGAGCAGUGCCUCAAGUUGGCGACUACGUGCCAGCAUCACCGACGGCCGACAGACCUCAUCCGUCACUUGGAGGACGAGUUUUCUCGUGCCGAAUCCAAGCUUGAGAACUUUCCAGAGUUGCGUCUCACGGAGGCUGACCGCUGCAGUGUUUUGCUGCAAGCUCUGAGCCAGGAGCUCAGACAGUACGUCGUUCUUCAUGGGAAGAGCAACGACUGGACAUCGCCGAGCGAUAGCCUUCGGUACUAUGAGGAGCAGCUUCGUCUGUGUGAGGGUCCCUUUUCCUCAAAUCGGCAGAUGUCAGGAAAGGGUGACAAGCUUUGUGACCACUGUGGACGAAAGGGACACCUGGCUAAGGACUGCUGGAGCCGUCAGCGUGAAGCCGGUGAAAAGGGCAAGAAGGGCGACAAGGGCAAGAAGGGCGAUGGCAAGGGAGCGCAGAAUCCCAAAGGAAAGCCACGCUCUCCAACGCCGAAAGGCGGAAAAGGCGGCAAAGACAAGGAGCAGAAGCCCGACAAGCCUGAUAAAGGCAAGGGCAAAGGCAAGAAGAAGAAGAAGGCUAGAGCCCGGGCUAUGGGAGAACCAGAGUCCGAGGCAGAGUCCGAGUCUUCGAGGACCUCCACCGUGAUGGCGAUGAGGUUUGCCAAGCCUUCUGCUGUACGAGAAGUACUGAGCCAGCCUGAGCCUGAGAAGCCUAAGCCCGUAGAGGCAGUCCCUAGACCGGUCGCUGUAGGGCCGAAAGUCACUGUAGAUGAGAAGGUAGGCACCCUGACUGGAAGCACCUCGAAGGGAGAUGCGGCAUACGUCUGCGCUUCGCUGCAGGGAUCGGACAUGGAGAUCGACUCUCUUCCUGUUGACAAGGAACCCAGGAAAGACAUUACUGCAGGACCAAGCAUCCUGAAGAAGACUUCGAAAGAAGCGAAGAGUGAUGAGAAGCCUGGAAAGGUACUGAGCAUGUCGGAACCGCCAAUGGAGGUGGAGCAAGAUUCCCACAACUCUCCAGCGGAGAGUGCCGGGCAGGAGGUUGUGUUUUUGAAUGCACCAGUAGAGCCUGCACCAGCAGAGGCGGCGCCAGUCGAGACUGCGGAUGCAGAGGCUUCAGCUGCCCCCUUCAAUGUUUUCUCGAGGCCUCCGAGUCAAGUUGCAGUACCUUCGCCUACGGUGGCUGCAUCAGAGACAGGAGAGACAGAAGAGGAGGAAGCAUGGGGAAAAUGGAGGGCAAGCAAGGCCAGGCCUUCGCAGCCAUCAGCCGAGCCGUCGCUGAUAGUGAAGUGGAGAAGCAUGCUGAGGGGACCGCGCUUCAGGUAUUUCAUGCAAGCGAUACGACAACAGCGAGAAGAUCUUAUUGCAUGUGGAUACCCUGUGCCGGCAAUUCCAGAGAACAACCUGGAACCUGCAGUUCCACUUAUGUCUAUCGGAGAUGGGAUCGUUUAUCCUUCCCGCCAGGGGACCAUCUUUGCGUCAUUGACAGAUGCUUUGAUGACCGACGGCUACCUCCUCGAGGUUGGGCAGAAGCUCCUUGGGCGGAUCCAACGUCCAGACCCAGAUGUGGGGCCGUGCCUGGGAACGGGCUGGUCCAAGAGGCUUCGCGAUCACGAUCCCGAUCCUCUGAAUGCAACGCCCUACAUCAGCGCGGAGGUUGCGUGGGCGCUGUGGCUGCCCGAGUUUCCGGAAGCCCCGGAGCAAGGAGGCAUCCUUCCGGUGAAGAGAAAGAGGGAUUUUUCCCAGCUCACCGACGAGUUGUUGGAAGAGCAUACUACAAGGUUCGAACUCGCGGGUCAAGGCCGCACUCUUCACCAACGCGGCGUGCGUGCAAGGGACGCGCGUGCAGCUAUCGAAGGGUAUACUCCCGAUCCAAGUCACCUACGCCACCAGAGUGGAGGGGACGUGGCUGCGCUGGGUUACAUCAAGCGUAUUCUCAAGGUCCUGACCGUUUACGAGGCCAUGCCGGAAGCGGAACGCAACCUUUUGGCUGGAAUGUAUCCAGACGACGUCGAGCUUCAGCUCGAGUGGGUGCCAGGCUCAGCCAUCAGGCAUGGGUGGCGUGCGUUAAUGGGGGCAAUGGAUCAGCGCACCCGGCGCUAUAUCGAGUUCGAAGCAGAGGUCCGAAAAUGGGAGGACUUGCAGUCCGCUCGACCCAAGGUCAAGGCCAGAAGAACGGGUGCAGCUGCUUCCACAGAUACUGGAGGUGGAAUUGGAGCGAUGAACGAAGGCUCGGAGACUGGAGCCAUGAACGAAGGCUCGGAGACAGAGUCUGCAGAGUCAUCCUCGGCAAGUUCGUCGGACGAAUCGAUUCCAAUGGGGGAAUACAUGAUGCAGAGCCGGACCAGAGUUUUGGCGCUCAUCGAAGCGGAGAAAGCCUUGAAAGAUGUGGGCUCCUCUGCGCCGCCCCCACCGUCUCCUAUCAUUAUGGAGCCAUCGCCGGUUGCGACGGACGGGUACAAGUUCGAUCCAGCAUCUCUAGGAGCCCCUCUGGGGGACACUGCAGCUCCAUCAACACCGGUACCUCCUUCGCCUUCCGCAGUUUCAUUGGCCCCUUUGGAGUCAUUCAAGUUCUUGGAUGUCCCACCUGUUGCUUCUUCUGGUCCCUCGGACCACAGUGUGGAGCCUAUGGUGGUGGAAGAGGAGCGGGCCCCAGAAACUCCAGGACCCACGGCACCGGUUGGAGCUCCAAUUUCCGCAACGGAGAGUGUGCCGGAGACCCCUCCUCCAGGGGAAAUUCCAGGUCCCGGUUAUGUCCCGAAGGCAGCUCCUGGGGAAAUUCCAGGUGCUCUGUCGAAAGCCCAGGGGGCACCAGCGGGGGCUACACCGAAGGCCUGGUCUGUGGUUCCAACUUCCUCGCCUUUGACGGUUCCAGAAGCGCCAGUGGCUGUAGAGUCUUUGCCUGCAGUUCCAGAGCCAGCAACCGUGACAGCGGAGGAAGGGCCUACCUCCGAGACCGCUACAUCAUCCGCAGCGGGUGCCCUUCCGCCUCCGGGCGGCUUGGGUCAAACAGCCGAAGAGAGGGAGUUUGUGCUUCCUUCCCCUUGCCAGAAGAAGUGA